AUGAGCGGCUCUAGUUCUGUGCAUAGCGGAACUGCAGCAUCGGAAGAAUGGGGGAUGCCGUCAGUUGGGGAGAUCGGAGCAGCCGGCGAGGCUGUCGAGACGAACGAGGUUGAGCGCGCACAACACCAGGAACGGCAGCGGAAACAUAUCGCGACCAGCGACAAUGACGAAGAAGAAAGUGGAAACAAGUGGAGCGUAUCGACGCUGCCAAUAACUAGCUACGGCGGCGAUGGCGAUGCAGCAGGGGGUUCAGGGCGGCGCCAGGCGCUGGAGGCCAAGAUGGAGCGGCUACUGAAGAAGCCCAAGGCGCGGCACUCGCGGCAAGACGAAGAGGACCUGGAACAGUACCUGGAUGAGAAGAUUCUGCGGCUAAAGGAUGAGAUGAAUAUGGCGGCGCAGAAGGAUAUUGAGACGUUGAACCGACGGCUUGAGACCGGUGACAACCGGCUGAUCGCAAUGGAGAAGGUAACGCUGCUACCGAAGGUUAUCAGUGUUUUGAAUAAGGCGAACCUUGCAGACACAAUUUUGGACAAUAAUUUGCUACAGAGUGUGCGGAUCUGGCUUGAGCCACUGCCGGAUGGAUCCCUACCAUCCUUCGAGAUACAGAAGUCUCUCUUUGCCGCGAUUGAGAACCUCCCCAUAAAAACAGAGCACCUCAAGGAGAGCGGACUGGGGAAGGUGGUCAUAUUUUACACCAAGUCUAAGCGUGUAGAACACAAGCUGGCCCGGCUAGCUGACCGGCUGGUUGCAGAAUGGACGCGCCCUAUUAUCGGCGCUUCCGAUAACUACCGGGACAAGCGUGUCCUGAAGAUGGACUUCGACGUGGAGAAGCACCGUAAGAAAGCGGCACUUGAUUCUGCCAAAUCUAAGAAACGGAGAAAGGCUGCAGUGGACGAGGAGAAACACAAGUCACUCUACGAGCUUGCCGCUGCGAAGCGGAACAGAGCCGCAGCGCCUGCGCAGACAACCACCGAUUACAAAUACGCACCAGUCAGCAAUAUCUCGAACGUACAGACCGGGAUCCGCACGGCAGGCGUGGGCUCCACGCUCAACAACAACGAUCUGUACAAGAGACUCAACUCGAGACUUGCCAAGUCUAAACGGUCCAAGUAA